AUGGCUCUGGGGAUCCUGGAACCCGGGGUCGAACACGUCCCCGGCACAGUCUACGUCUACGAGUCAGAGCAACGACAUGCCGACCUAUUGGAGACUGCUCGACAUUUGAAGAGAGACAAAACAGGUCGCAUCAUCUUGGUACCUCAGCCGUCAAAUGACCCAAACGACCCAUUAAAUUGGCCUCUUUGGCAGCGCGACUGCAUCCUUGGGAUCCUCUGUUUCGUAUCGUGCCUUGCGACUACUGCCUCCCCAUUGCUCGCCGCAGACUCGGUGACGAUCGCCCUCAUAUUCAAGAGGACUUUUCAAGAUGCUGCCUUGCUCACAGCGUACCAUCUGGUCGGGGUUGGUGUCGCUGGAUGGUUGUUUGUCGCAUCGGCCAGAGUAUGGGGGAAGAGACAUCUCUUCUUACUGGGGGCUCUCCUGAUGAUUGCGACUUCUGCGUGGGGUGGUUCUACACACACAAACCAUAACUAUGCGAGCCUGCUGUGGAGUCGUGUUUUUCAAGGAGUUGCAUUGGCACCCUUUGAAGCACUUGUCAAUGCUUGCGUCGGCGAUCUCUAUUUCGUUCACGAGCGCGGUGUGCGCAUGGCCAUUACAAACACCUGUCUCUUUGGAGGAGCGUUCUUGACGCCGGUCUUUGUUGGUAUGAUCUCGGCACAUAUCGGCUGGGAGUGGAGUUUUUACUUACUGGCUAUCUUCAUGGCCCCCGGUCUCUUGCUGAUAUUUUUCUUUGUGCCUGAGACGGCAUAUCGACGAGCACAUGCGCUCGACCUCGACAUUCUGGCUGAGGACUCGUCAAGGGAGUCUCUUACACAUCCGCAGAAUGGCGCCACGCCAGAAAACGAAGAGAAGACUCUGCACUCAAUGACGGUAACAGAAACCCCUGGCAGAAAAGUGUCCUACGUCCAGACGCUCAUGCCGUUCAACGGGCGCAAAACCAACGAAUCGUUCUUCCGACUCCUGCUUAGGCCGUUUCCGCUAUUUCUUCACCCAGCGGUCGCGUGGGCAUGCCUCAUUCAAGGCGUCAUCAUUGGAUGGACAGUCAUGGUGGGAGUCAUCUUGUCACUCAUCUUUUUGGGUCCACCGCUCUUCUUCAACGAAGAACGCGCCGGCAAGAUGUACACGAGCGCAUUUAUCGGGAGCAUGCUCGGCCUGCUGCUUGCAGGGUUGUAUAGCGAACUUGUCACGAGGUUCAUGAUCCGUCUGAACAAGGGAAAGUAUGAACCCGAGUUCCGCAUCCUGCUGGUCAUUCCUACGUUGGUGUUCUCUGCCAUAGGACUCUAUGGGUUUGGGAUCACGGCGAACGACGUGAAAAGAUAUGGCUGGAUUGUGCCCGAGGUUUUCCUCGCUUUUAUCAUCAUCAGCAUGGUGAUGGGUGCAAUUGCCUCGGCGCAGUAUCUUCUCGAUGCGCAUCGGGAGCUUGCCGUCGAAGCAUUCACGAAUCUGCUCAUUUUCAAAAACAUCUUCUCUUUUGUCCUGGCUUACAAUGCAUACAACUGGGUUUUUGCGAUCCGGAUCAACAAUUUAUUUAUUAUUUUCGCCAGCAUCGAAGUGGCGCUAUGUUUGCUCAGUGUGCCAAUGUAUGUCUUUGGCAAGAAGAAUCGGGAGUUUUUCCAUCGGCACGAUAUUCUCAAGAUGACCAAGUUAAGAUAA